ACAGCGCUGCGAGAAGCCUCGCGCUCCGGCCGCCUCAACGAGUGGGACCUCAGGACUCGAGCCUUUGGACACGCGGGUAUAUCUGGAGGAGGAAAGCGUACACUCAGCGCGAGCUCUACCUGGAUAACAACAAAGAAAGAAAAAAGCAAUAACAAACCAGAAAAAAACAAAAAGAAAGAAAAGAAAAAUCACGAGAAGAGCCCUCGUGAGCGAGCACGCGGAGCAGCGGAGAGCAGAGUCGAAGUGCGCUGGUCGGACAGGCGCGGGCGCUCGGAGGAAGGCGGGAUGAUCGUGAAGCAGCGCGUUCUCUUCGCCCUGUACAGCAUGUGCGGGAUCCUGCUGAAAGCGGCGGCUACGAAAAACAAAGCGAAAGGGGCCCAAGGCCAGUUCCCUAUUGUCCAGAACCUUACGGUGACAGAGGGAGGGACAGCCAACAUGACCUGUCGCGUGGAUCAUAAUGACAACACCUCCCUCCAGUGGUCAAACCCAGCACAGCAGACCCUCUUCUUCGGGGACAAGAAAGCACUGAGAGAUAACCGGAUUGACCUGGUCCGGGCCUCGUGGCAGGAGCUGACCAUCAGUAUUCGUGAUGUCACACUUUCAGAUGAAGGCCCGUAUACCUGUUCCCUCUUCACCAUGCCUGUGAAAACAGCCAAGGCCUACCUGACUGUACUGAGCGUACCAGAGAAACCAGAGAUUAACGGUUUCUCUAAGCCAGCCAUGGAAGGCGACCAGAUCACCCUGACGUGUGUGACCUCAGGCAGCAAGCCUGCAGCCGACAUCCGGUGGUUCAGGAAUGAGAAGGAGAUCAAAGGGGCGAAGGAAGUGAAUGCCAGUGGAAAGACAUUCACAGUCAGGAGCUCUCUGCAGUUGCAAGUGGACCGGAAUGAUGAUGGUGUGGCCUACACCUGCAGAGUGGACCAUGUGGCUUUGCCGUCCACCCCACAGCAGGCCACUGAAGUUCUGGAGGUGCACUAUGCCCCUCGUGUGGAGAUCAAGUAUUCUCAAGCACUCCCACAGGAAGGACAGCCUUUAAAACUGGAGUGUGUGUCUAAAGGAAACCCCUCGCCAGACCCGGUGCUGUGGACGAAAGACGGAGGUGAACUGCCGGACCUGGACCGGAUGAUCGUAGAGGGCAGAGAUCUCACCUUCACGUCUUUAAACAAAACAGACAAUGGCACCUACCGCUGCGAAGCCAGCAAUCACCUGGGCACCAACCACGCUGAAUACGUGCUGUUUGUAUACGACGCCCCUACCACGCCCUCUCCAUCCACAACACCUCCCCCUGUAGCCACCCUCCCAGACACCACAGACCCCCUAGACUCCAAGCACUCCGACCCUGCAGUGACCGGUCAGAGAGAUCCUAAUGCCUUGGGGCAGCAUGGUCCAGACCAUGCUCUGAUUGGCGGCGUAGUGGCCGUUGUUGUCUUUGUUACCUUGUGCUUAAUCAUCGUACUGGGCCGAUAUCUGGCGAGGCAUAAAGGCACAUAUUUGACAAACGAAGCCAAAGGAGCGGAUGAUGCCCCGGACGCAGACACAGCAAUCAUCAAUGCCGACGGAAACCACGCACACGCAGAAGAAAAGAAGGAAUACUUCAUUUAGACUGCGCUCCACUCCUUUCUCUCUCUCUCUGUCUCUCCCUCUCUGAUCCUUUCUUCCCUGCUCCACGUAGGAACCUUGUCUGGCAGCAGUGGAAACUUCUCCUUCACUUCUUUAUAUCCUCUGUUCCUCAUGCUUUUCUUUGCAUUCCUCUGUUUAGUGCUCCUCUUUCCUUUUUUUCCUGAUAUCAAUUCAUUUUGAAUUUCAAAUGCCACUUUUUAUGAAUCACCUAAGCAUAGCUGCUGAAGAUUUUCGCCUUUUUUGUUCACAGUGUCUGUAAAAUACACACAAAACAAAGUGAAACGUGCCCCGAACCACCCAGUUCGACAAUGAAAGUCCUCCGCCCUCACUACUUCACUUCACAGUGCCUAAAUAUACAGACAUCCAUCCAGUUUCAUUCAAAUGCCUUCUUUUUUUGUCAAGCGUUUCAUGAUUGGUGUUUUGCUUUUUAUCUUCAGCGUUACGAUGAAGGUACUGUCAUUUUUAUCAGAUCUGUUGUUUUUUAUGCUUUAUACUCUUUGUGGUUCAUUUCAACUCCAUUGCUGUAACAACAACGUUUUUGUCCAAAUAAAAGAUGUACAUGGACUAAUUUGCUCAACUUGAAACAAAGGAGGUGGCUUAUACCCCUCUUAGUCUACAAGAAAAAUGCUCGUCAGUAAUUAGACCAAGUCUAAGUGAACAUUCCACAUGACAUGAGGCCAAUAGCCCACACCCAUCAUUAAAAUCAGUAUUUGUACUUGAAAUGUAGAUAUUGGUAUGAAGCCUAUAUAAAUAGGUCUAAGGUCAUAGAGCUACUGAGUCCUCCCAUGUGUUUUUAGUUUGUGUGAUUUUUUGAACACCAAAAAUAUAGCUAGUGUGAUAGCAGGCCAGGGCUCGGGGGUUGAAGGCACAUCGUUUUGUAGAAUGAAGUUGUACCACUACAUUUUUCUGUCCUCACUGUGUGGCAUAUUAUGUCCCUAUCUAGUCUGUAUAUUCCCGCACUGUUACACUCCAGGACAUUGCCAUGAAUAUGUGCUUAUUAUUGUGUGAGGAAGCCCCCUCUGCAGUUUACAUACACACGUGCCCUAAAAUCUGUACUUUAGAAGGUUAAAGAUAUUUAAAUGAUAGCGUGUUCAAGUUUAUAUGGUCUCAUUAGCCUUGUGGGGCCAGACGUGAUCUCAAAACAAGAGCGUCUGGGACAAUCAUGAGGAACUUUGCAGUAAAUGUGGAUGGGAGCAUGGACUUAUUAAGGUGGGAAUCAAUAAUAUUUAAACCAAUCCAACUUCUUGUGAAGCAGGGGGAGUACGACACUUGGUGUACUUUUCAACACUGUCUGACAGACAGCAAGUCUCAUAGCUCAUAGUUAGCAUGUCUGAAAAGUGCCCCCCAAAAACUCCAAUUAAACAUGUAAAUGUGAAUAUAUAAAAUCUGGUUUAAAUAAAUAUUACCUCUUACAACCCUGUUGUAAAAGCAGCACAGUCCAGUUCGGGUUUAGCUGGUCACCUUGCAUGAUCAUGCUGGUUGACCACCAUACCAGCAUCCAAAACACAAUAUGUGCUGGUUUUGCUGGUGAGCAGCUUUGUCCAUGCUGGUUUUUCUAAGAAGAAAGAGAAAAACAGUUCUCUAAGCUAACAAUAGCGUUUUGCUAACUAGCUUCUUUUGCUAGCUAGCUAGUUUUGCUUGUGUUGUCUAUUGUACGUUAACAGAGUAUGGACUAGAGAAAUUUGGGGGCAGGUUUUAUACGUUUUUACGGUACAAUUUACCUCAAUCCAGCACCAAAAGUUUAACAAGUUCUCCCCAGACAUGCAUUCUUGUAACAAGUUCAUAUCUGGCCUCAUAAGACUUUGAUCUUAUCAGUCAGGCUGACUCACAGAAAAGAAGUACAAAAACAAUAAACUGUAAUAGCAUUUUUAAUAUAAACUUUGAAAUAGCACUAGUAAUGAAAACUCAUUGUCCUAAGAUGGUUACAAUAGAUGUUAUGUGCCAUUUGAGGU